UUACAGGUUACGCUGAGCAACUGUCGGUACCUAUGCGGUCGUAAGAUCCUUCUGGCCUAAAGUAAAUCGCAAGAAAACUAGCCAGCUAUUCACCCUGGGCAGAUUAAGCUUUCCCUUAGUGCAGGCGUUAUAACUGAUUAUUAACAUAUUGGUGUCAUAAUCAGUAUAGGCAGUUCAUUGUAAUACCACCAUGUCUCUAAAGCUUUCUUUACAUACUUUUUGGGAAAUUUGUCACUAUUUUUUAUGGAUUGACAAAAUUGUCACAAUCACAAAAGAAUGUAAUCAAUCGUGUAGUUAUAAUUAUACGAGUAUAUGUAGAUACUAUCAUUUUGUGGGCAAUAAGAACAACGCCCACAUGCUUUUCUAAUGAAUGCCUGGCUCAUGAGUAUUUAAGAAUGGUAGGCGCAGAAGUGAAGUGUGGAUAUGCAACCGAUAUCAAGCAGCGAUAACGUUUUAGCAGCUAAAUUUGGAAAACUGCAUAUUACAGUUCUUUGAAUAAAGUUGACACCUGACACAAAUUGUAUAAGCGCAAACAAAGAUUCUGUCAAUUAUUUGUCAACAACAUACAAUUUAUUUGUUUGCAAAACUUCUCUAGUGUCAAUGGUGCCAUGAUAGGCGAAUGUAUGGUGCAACAGCAAAGUGCUUACUGUUGGUAUGUAUGCAAAUAUGUACAUACUCGUAUAUUGAGAUACAAAAUGUGAUUGUGUACAUAUAUCCUGGUAAACACUUUUCAAUAAAUACAGCUUUUUGAAAAAAGCUAGCUCAUUUAAUUUUUCACAAGUACGCGUAAUGCAGGAGCUUAAUAAACGCUUUUUAGUCACUGCUUAUUUUGCAUUCUAUACGGCUGAGUUUCUUACAGCCCAACCUAUCGCAACGUCCACAUUUUUAGAAUUGAUGUCAGGUCCAAUUGAAAUGACAUCUCACAGUGAUCAACUCCAAAUUGGAAUUUUAAGAGAACUUUUGCACGGAAUUGAUUAUCUAAAUUUGCAUUUGUUUAAUGAACGCUACUUUGAGAAUAGUAUUGUACAGCAGUUUUUACAACAAAUAUACUGUCCACUGCAGCUGAGCGUGGGUGAUAUAAAGGAGCAAUAUCAAUCCAGUCAACGACGACACUGGGCUAUGGUAGUAAGCAGUAAUGACUUAGAAAUUAAUUUAAAUAAAUAUGUUUCACGUAAGGGUGUAUUAAUUAAUAUUUUGCUGGACCAACCGGAUAAAUAACAAUUACUGAGUUUGGCUCGGCGACAAUGGAUUGAACGUGGAGCAUUGCAGAUUUUUUAUAUCAUCCCGAAUAAUAUGAACAAUAGCGGCAUUGAAUGCUUGUUUUUGAAUCCCUUUCCGAAAAUUGGCCUAGAACGUGGUGUGAUGACUAGUUUGGGCGAUGAAAGUUAUAAGAGAAUUUUUCAUAAUUUCCAUGGGUAUCCACUCCGCACCUACAUUUUUCACUCCGUUUAUUCCGAUUUACAAAUUUUCGUGAACGAAACGUCGAAGGAAAUAAUUGGAAUCACGGGAGCUGAUGGCAAAGUAGCUGAUCUGUUGGCAAGUAAAAUGAAUUUCACAAUGGAUCUUCAAUGGCCAGACGAUCACUUUUUCGGCACCCGCACGAAUAAUGGCAGUUACAAUGGUGCAAUUGGACGAAUAAUACGGUUUGAGACCGAUAUUAUAUUAGCUGGAUUCUUUAUAAAGGACUAUCUAACGCGUGAUAUUACUUUUACUUCACCCGUAUAUACGGAUGAACUUUGUUGUUAUGUGAGAAAAGCUAGACGUAUACCUCAAUCAAUACUCCCUCUAUUUGCCGUCAAUGUCGACAUUUGGGUUUCCUUCAUAUUCGUUGGAAUGCUCACUCCAUUUAUAUGGAUGUUGCUAAGGCGAGUAAAUUUGAGUGUUAUGACAAAAGGAUCUGAUCCAUUGAAAUUUCAAAACUUGCAAACACAGGAAAGUCGCCUGCUAACGCAAAAACAUAAACUGCAAUAUAUACGCAUUUUUAUAGAUACAUGGGUGAUGUGGGUGCGCGUCAAUAUCAUAAAUUAUCCACCCUUUAUAUCAGAACGAAUCUUUAUAGCUUCAUUAUGUCUGGUUAGCGUGAUCUUCGGUGCAGUUUUUGAAUCAAGUUUAGCAACCGUAUACAUACGGCCACUGCACUACAAGGACAUCAAUACGAUGAAAGAACUGGAUGAAGCCAAUAUAAGGAUAUAUAUAAAGCAUGGAGCUAUGAGGGACGAUCUCUUUUAUGGUCAUAGCUCUCAAAUAUAUCAGAAUUUACAUAAGAAACUACUUUUAAUUGCCGAAUUGGAACAACGUCUUAUUCACAUGAUGUCUAGGGGCGGUAAAUUUGCAUCUGUUACUCGAGCCUCUUCACUCGAACUCGACGACAUACACUACUUUAUAACAAAGAAAAUACAUAAAAUACCCGAUUGUCCCAAAAACUAUAAUAUAGCAUUUUUGCUUCCUAGUCAUUCGCCUUUGGAAAAGAGCAUAAAUAUAUUAUUGCUUAAAUUUGUACAAUCCGGAUUUAUUGACCAUUGGAUUGCAGAUAUGAAGUACCAAGCAAGAAUUAAAACUCGAAAUUUUUUGCGACAUCUGGACGAGAGCGGCGAUAAAUGGAAAGUUCUAACGCUAAAUGAUCUGCAGUUGUCUUUUUAUACCAUCAUAAUUGGCAGUCUGUUGGCGACGAUUGUUUUGUUCUUGGAAUUAAUCAUACGUUGCAAGCAAGUUAGAGCUUUCUGCAAAAUUCGCACAGCGAAAGUCAAGUAAUGGUCAGACAGAAAAUUAUUUAAGAGUACAUUUUAUUAUUUGUGACUGUCACUCUCAAAUUUCUAAUAAGAAAUUUUAAAUGUGUUGAAUGACGUAAUUAAUUUAUCGUUAAACUUUU